CCGAGCGCGGCGGGGCCGCGACAGGGACCGGGACCGGGACCGGGACAGCGACCGGGACCAGGAGCGGCACCGGGACCAGGAGCGGCACCGAACAGGCGCCGCGCGGCCAUGGCCGGGAACAGCCUGGUGCUGCCCAUCGUGCUGUGGGGCCGGCGCGCCCCCACGCACUGCGUGUCCUCCCUGCUGCUCGUGGACGGCUCCGUCAUCGUCACCGGCUGCCACGACGGCCAGAUCUGCCUCUGGGACCUGGCUCCUGACCUGCAGAUCAAUCCCAGAGCUCUGCUCUUUGGUCAUACAGCCUCAGUUACUUGUUUGUCCAAGGCCUCAGCUUCCAGUGAAAAGCAGUAUAUAGUGAGUGCAUCAGAGAGUGGGGAGAUGUGCCUGUGGGACGUGAGCGAUGGCAGGUGCAUCGAGUUCACCAAGCUGGCCUGUGCCCACACGGGCAUCCAGUUCUACCAGUUCACGGUGGGCACGCAGCGUGAGGGGAGGCUCCUGUGCCACGGGCACUAUCCUGAGAUUCUGGUGGUGGAUGCGAGCAGCCUUGAAGUUCUUUAUUCUCUGAUAUCCAAGAUCUCUCCUGACUGGAUCAGCUCCAUGGCCAUCAUCCGUUCCGACAGGACGCAAGAGGACACUGUGGUGGCUGUGUCCGUGACCGGCAUCCUCAAGGUCUGGAUCAUCACCUCUGAAGUCAGUCGGAUGCAGGACACCACCCCUGUGUUUGAGGAGGAGUCCAAGCCCAUCUACUGCGAGAACUGCCAGAGCAUCUCCCUCUGCGCCUUCACCCAGCGCUCGCUGCUGCUCGUCUGCUCCAAGUACUGGAGGGUUUUUGAUGCUGGAGAUUAUUCCCUCUUAUGCUCGGUGCCCAGUGAAAAUGAGCAGACCUGGACUGGUGGGGACUUCGUGGCAGCUGAUAAAGUGAUUGUGUGGACAGAGGAUGGGCAAAGUUUCAUCUAUAAAUUACCAGCCAGCUGCCUGCCAGCCAGCGAUUCCUUCCGCAGGGAUGUGGGGAAAGCGGUGGAAAACCUGAUUCCACCUUUAUUGUACAGCGUGCUGGACAGAGCAGAGAAGCAGCUCCUGAUCUGUCCUCCAGUGACUCGGUUCUUCUGUGGCCAGAGAGAGUUUCCCUACAGGCUCUUGAUCCAAGGAGACUCCUCGGGGAGGCUGAGCAUCUGGAGCCUGCCUGACACCCUGGAGCAGCAGGAGGGUGCAAAAGGGCUGCAGCCAGCCAGGUCCAUGUCGCUGCAGGAGGCCUUUGAGCAGCUGCAGCCCCGCCCCGCGGGGAUCAUCGACCAGCUGAGCGCGGCGGCGGGCGAGCCCCUGCGCGUCACCGCCAGCGUCUACAUGCCGGCCCACGGGCGGCUGGCCUGCGGCCGCGAGGACGGCAGCAUCGUCAUCGUGCCCGCCACGCAGACUGCCAUGGUGCAGCUGCUGCAGGGGGAGCACACCCUGCGCCGGGGCUGGCCCCCCCACCGCACGCUGCGAGGCCACCGCAGCAAGGUGACGUGCCUGCUGUACCCCCACCAGGUGUCCUCCCGCUACGACCAGCGCUACCUGGUCUCGGGGGGCGUGGACUUCUCCGUCAUCAUCUGGGACAUCUUCUCAGGAGAGAUGAAACACAUCUUCUGUGUGCACGGAGGGGAAAUCACCCAGCUGCUGGUGCCACCAGAGAACUGCAGCGCCAGAGUGCAGCACUGUGUUUGCUCUGUUGCCACCGACCACUCCGUGGGCCUGCUGAGCCUGAGGGAGAAGAAAUGCAUCAUGCUGGCCUCUAGGCACCUGUUCCCCAUCCAGGUGAUCAAGUGGAGGCCAUCUGAUGACUACCUGGUGGUGGGCUGCUCCGACGGCUCCGUGUACGUCUGGCAGAUGGACACAGGGGCCCUGGACCGCUGCGUGAUGGGGAUCACAGCUGUGGAGAUCCUGAGUGCCUGUGAUGAGGCUGUGCCAGCUGCCGUGGACUCCCUGAGCCACCCUGCCGUCAACCUGAAGCAGGCCAUGACCCGCCGCAGCCUGGCUGCCCUCAAGAACGUGGCCCACCAGAAGCUGCAGACCCUGGCCACCAACCUGCUGGCCUCUGAGGCCUCUGAUAAGGGGAACUUGCCCAAGUACUCGCACAACUCUCUGAUGGUGCAGGCCAUCAAGACCAACGUGACAGACCCCGACGUCCACGUGCUGUUCUUCGACGUGGAGGCGCUGAUCAUCCAGCUGCUGACGGAGGAGGCGGCGCGGCCCAGCGCCGCCCCGGCCUCCCCCGAGAGCCUGCGGAAGGGCGGCGGCGGCGCCGAGCGCGGCGGCUCCUUCCUCGCGGGCAAGAGGGCGGCCGUGCUCUUCCAGCAGGUCAAGGAGACCAUCAAGGAGAACAUCAAGGAGCACCUGCUGGACGACGAGGACGACGACGAGGAGGCGGCGAGGCAGAGGAGGGAGGACGGAGACCCGGAGUACCGCUCCAGCAAGUCCAAGCCGCUGACCCUGCUGGAGUACAACCUGACCAUGGACACGGCCAAGCUGUUCAUGUCGUGCCUGCACGCCUGGGGGCUGAACGCGCUGCUGGACGAGCUGUGCCUGCAGCGCCUGGGCCUGCUGAGGCCGCACUGCUCCGUCUCCUUCGGCCUGCUCUCCCGCGGCGGCCACAUGUCCCUGAUGCUGCCGGGCUACGACCAGCCCCCGGGCCAGGGGCCGCCGGCCGCCGGGGGCUCGGCGCCCGAGGGGCCGGGCAGGGGCACCUACGGCGUGUCCCGGGCCGUCACCACCCAGCACCUGCUGUCCGUCAUCUCGCUGGCCAACACGCUGAUGAGCAUGAGCAACGCCACCUUCAUCGGGGAGCACAUGAAGAAGGGCCCCGGCAGGCCACCCAGGCCGGGCACUCCUGAGAUGGCCAAGGUGAAGCCACCCCCUCCAGUGUCCAGCCAUGCAGCACAAGGGCAAAUCAAACAAGUUGCUCCUGCUGCUGCUUCCAGCACGGAAUCUGGGCACUCUGACACUUCUGCUUUCCAUUCCUGUUUCUUAGUCAACGAAGGCUGGAGCCAGCUGGCUGCCAUGCACUGCGUGAUGCUCCCGGACCUGCUGGGGCUGGAGAAGUUCCGGCCCCCUCUGCUGGAGAUGCUGGCGCGGCGCUGGCAGGAUCGCUGCCUGGAGGUGCGGGAGGCUGCUCAGGCGCUGCUGCUGGCCGAGCUGCGCAGGAUCGAGCAGGCGGGGCGCAAGGAAACCAUCGACACCUGGGCUCCCUACCUGCCCCAGUACAUGGACAGCGUCAUCUCCCCUGGGGUGACCACUGAAAGCCUCCAGGCUGCCUCUGCCAGCCCAGAGCCCUCGGGAGCAGAAGCCAAAGCCCAGGAGGAGGAGCACGAGCUGGUGGAUGAUGACAUCGCAGCAGGCUGCCUGGCCGGGCUGGCCCAGCCCAGGAGGCCGUCCCCCUGCUACGAGGAGCGGCGCAAGCAGGCCACGGCCAUCGUGCUGCUGGGCGUCAUCGGCGCCGAGUUCGGCGCCGAGAUCGAGCCCCCCAAGCUGCUGAGCAGAGCCCGCAGCUCCAGCCAGAUCCCCGAGGGCUUCGGCCUCACCUCGGGGGGCUCCAACUACUCCCUGGCCAGGCACACCUGCAAGGCGCUGACGUUCCUGCUGCUGCAGCCCCCCCCCCCCGAUCUGCCGGCGCACAGCCCCAUCCGCAGAACCGCCAUCGACCUCAUCGGCCGCGGCUUCACCGUCUGGGAGCCCUACAUGGACGUGUCGGCCGUGCUGAUGGGGCUGCUGGAGCUGUGCGCCGACGCCGAGAGACAGCUGGCCAGCAUCACAAUGGGGCUGCCCCUCAGCCCCGCCGCCGACUCGGCUCGCUCGGCUCGCCACGCGCUGGCCCUGAUCGCCACGGCGCGCCCGCCCGCCUUCAUCACCACCAUCGCCAAGGAGGUGCACAGGCACACGGCCCUGGCUGCCAACUCCCAGUCCCAGCAGAGCAUCCACACCAGCGCCCUGGCCCGCGCCAAGGCCGAGGUGCUGCGCGUCAUCGAGAUCCUCAUCGACAAGAUGCCCACGGACGUGGUGGAGCUGCUGGUGGAGGUGAUGGACAUCAUCAUGUACUGCCUGGAAGGAUCUUUGGUGAAGAAAAAGGGUCUGCAGGAGUGUUUCCCAGCCAUCUGCAGGAUCUGUUCCUACUGCAGGAGUAAAAGGAGCAACACGUGUGCUGCUCCUAUUGAUUUUCCUUUUGUCUCACUAAAGAUAUUUAACUCUUGCCAAGUGUUCCGUGCUUGUCAGUGGGAUGGGGGAUCAGCUGAUGGGGGGCAGCUUUGGGGUUCACUGGGGAUAAAUGAAUACUUGAAGGGGUUUGUAAUGAUUGGAGUCAUUCCAGGGGCACGCCCUGAGCAGGGCUUUGGCAACUGCAGAAAAUCCCCUUGGGUCUCACCCGGGUUAGUGCUCCGGGGUCCUUUUGGGGGUGCUGCUGGGGGGGGAGCUCUUGGUUUUGGGCUGCUGCUGCUUUGGGGUGCCAGUCCCCCUCUCCUGCCUCCUCUGCAGACCAUCCACGGGCACAAGGGCCCCGUCACGGCCGUGGCCUUCGCCCCCGACGGGCGCUACCUGGCCACCUACUGCAACUCCGACAGCCACCUGUGCUUCUGGCAGAUGAACACGUCGCUGCUGGGCAGCAUUGGCAUGCUGAACUCGGCGCCCCAGCUGCGCUGCGUCAGGACGUUCCAGGUGCCCCCGGUGCAGCCGGCGUCGCCCGGCUCGCUCAGCGCCCUGCGGCUGGCGCGGCUCAUCUGGACCUCCAACCGCAACAUCAUCCUCAUGGGGCACGACGGCAGGGAGCACCGCUUCGUCAUCUAGCACCCAGGAUGAAGAAGGGCCGGGGCAGCUCCGCGUGUGGCCUGGCAAGGUGGGACCAGGACCGGGAUCAGGACCAGGAAUCAGGAUCAGCUCAUCCCAAUCUCAUCCCUCUGCCCAUCUCAUCCACCCUGCAGACCCUCCCCGAAUUCAGUGUUUACCAAACCCCUGGUGUUUACGUGGACCCUGCGGUGCUGGGGGACCCCUGGGAACGGGGGCUGCGGUUUUGGGGUGUGCUGAUCCCCAGGGGGGUGAAAUCCCCAUUUCUGAGGGGAUUGCAUUGCUGCUGUGCCCUGCUACUCCACGUGUAAAUAAGUAAUUUAAAAAUCCUGUUCAAUGGCAGGCUUGAGAAAAAGCAGUAUUUAUAUAGAAAGGUGGUUUCUGCCACCAGUGCAGGUAUUUAUUUAAAUAAAGGACAAAGGGGGCCAUUUGGAAUGGAAAAAUGAUCAGAAUUAUGGAAAAAAAUGAAUUAUUGACUGGAUGUGCUGAACUAUUUCCUUCAGUAGGAAUAUUCCUGUGUGACACUCGCUGUGACUGUGUUUCCUCCUUACAUAUCUGAUUUUGUGGAAUAUUUUGUGUGCAAUUCGCUGGUUUCUGCUCAUGGGAAAGAGGAAAAAAAAAAUCUUUCAAAUCCUCUUUUAUUUCAAUAUCUCUGUUUGUGCAGCUUCUCCUUGGCUGCAGAGCUCCUACCUGAGGCUGGUACUACCUGCUAAGCUAAAAGUGGGACCUGGCAAAAUGAAGGCAUUAAUUUUUCAGGUGGCUCCAGAAGAGAAAUAAAUGCGUUUGACUGCAGCGUGGGUUGUUUGUGCGGCGCCCAGGCGGGAUUGCAGCUCCGUGUGCGUGUGCUGCUGCAGCUCUGGGAGCGAGGGAGGGACACGAGCUCUGGGGAGCUGCUGUCAGCCGGGGGCUGCCCCGGAGCUUCCCCCGCCCCCGGGGAUGGAAGUGGGAAUAACAAACGGGGAGGAAACUGGGCUGGGGGGUGAUCCCAGUGCCAGUUUCCUGUGCAGCGAGAGCAGGAGCCUGGCGUGCUGUGGGGCCAAGGACAGGAGGC